AUGGCCCUCGCAAACAAACAGAUCCUCUAUAGCAAAACCCCCGCUCCAGCUAUCAACCCCGACCUACGCAGCGAAAAUGGCACAUUCAGCCUCCGCCAAAACACAAUCCCCCUCCCCAUCCCAUCCGACAAAGUCCUCGUCCGCAAUCACUACCUCUCACUCGACCCUGCAAUGCGUCAAUGGCUAACCGCCAAACGAUCGUACAUUGCCCCCGUCGAGCUCGGCGACGUAAUGCGCAGUUUAGCAGUCGCACAAAUCGUCGACGUAGGCUCGUCGCUUACGUCUCAGUUUAAAAAGGGCGAGUGGUUAAUUGCUCUUACCGGGUGGCAGGAGUAUGCCUUGUUGAGUGCAAAAGAGGCUGCAAGCCAGAGAGCGAAUGUGCCGCCUGGAUGUUCGCCCUUGGACUCCAUGACAGUUCUAGGUACGGUCGGUCUUACAGCUUAUUUUGGGUUGUUGGAAGUCAGUCAGUUGCGCGCUGGUGAUACGGUCGUCAUCUCCGGCGCGGCCGGCGCAACGGGUAUGAUUGUCGGACAAAUUGCGAAGAUCAAGGGCGCAAAACGUAUCAUUGGAUUAGCGGGUAGCGCGGACAAGUGUCGAUUCUUGACGGAAGAGCUGGGCUUUGAUGUUGCGAUCAAUUACAAGGAUAACGAUUGGAAGAAGCAGCUGCAUGCAGCGUGCCCGGAAUACAUUGAUGUUUAUUUUGAUAAUGUUGGAGGAGAGAUUCUCGAUGCUUGUUUGGGGCUGGCCGCCAAAGAUGCACGGUUUGCGAUUUGUGGGCAUAUCAGUCAAUAUUCGGCGGCGAAGCCGGAGGGGCCGAAGAAUAUUAUGAUGUUGAUUGGCCAACGAGUCAUGAUGAAAGGAUUCAUCUAUCUAGACUACCGCAAGCAAUUCCCCGCUGCUAUAGCCGAUCUGAAGCAAUGGUUGCUCGACGGCAAAAUCAAGCGAAAGUACUACAUUAUCAAAGGUGGUCUUGAGGCUUGCCCGCAGGGGUUGGUGGAUAUGUAUGCGGGAGCCAACACGGGCAAGACGAUGGUAGAAGUUGUUCCUUUUUCAGAGGCUAUUCCAAACAGCAACAACGCAGCCAAGCUGUGA